AUGCCGCUGAAAUCAAGUUUGGCGAGUAAAAACGAUGACUACGACUCUCUUCAACCGUAUUUCUACUAUGACAACGAGGAGGAGGAUUUCUACCCUCAGCAGCUCCAGCCGACCCCUCCCCUCUCCCCGAGCCCGUCCCUGUCAAGCCUCUUUCCCUCCACGGCGGAUCAGCUGGAAAUGGUGACCGAGUGUCUGGGCGACGACGUGGUCAACUACUCCCAGACCUUCCUUAAAUCUCUCAUCAUCCAGGACUGCAUGUGGAGCGGCUUCUCCACCGCAGCCAAGCUGGGGAAGGUGUUCUGCCCGGAGCCCACCAGAGCAUGGAGGCUAAACAGCAGCUACCUGCAAGACCUCGACACAGCCGCGUCAGGGUGCAUUGAUCCGUCUCUGGUGUUCCCGUACCCAAUAGCAGAGACGCCCAAGCAGAGUGCAGGGACGCUCCCUAGUAAGGAUCUGGGACUGGACACUCCGCCUAACAGUGGCAGCAGCAGCAGCAGCAGCAGCAGCAGCAGCAACCAAGGCACAGUCUUUGAGUUGGAGAGGACGCUGAAGGAGAUUCCUGGAAUCGAGGUUCAGACCGGGACGAGGAGCUCAGAGAGUGGAGACGAAGAGCAGGACACCAGGGAGGUGGCUGGACGUGGCAGGCGGAGCGGCAGGUGUGUGGAUCUGGAACGGGAAAGAAGCAGGAGAUGA